AUUCCCCUCGCCGGUCUUUGCUGCUGUUUCUGUGCAGUGACAUCUGUUGCUGAUCGGGAGUGUAGCCGGGAUGGGGAGACUCAGCGGAUCUCUGCAAUGUGUCAAGUACCUGCUACUCACCUUCAACCUCAUCUUCCUGCUGGCAGGAUCUGCAAUAGUAGCUGUUGGCUUGUGGAUUCUAUUUACUGGGAACAUUAAAGAACUAAGUGAGGGUGAUGAAGAGGUGUAUGUAUUCUUUUUUGCUGGGCUUUAUGUACUGGUAGGAGCUGGUGCAUUGAUGAUGCUGAUUGGCUUCUUUGGCUGCUGUGGAGCUGCCCGUGAAUCUCAGUGUUUGCUUGGGGCGUUUUUCGCCUGCUUACUUGUCAUUUUUGCGGCAGAAGUCACAGCAGGAGUAUUUGCAUUUUUGGGAAAACAAAAGACUAUUAUAGAUGCUCAGGGUUUAUACACUAAAGCCUAUGACGACUAUAUAAAAAAUGGAGGAAGAAAUGAAACGCUGCAAGAUUUUCACACGUUUGCAAAAUGCUGUGGAAAUGCAGAUCCCGAGAGUGCACAGCGUGUGAGAAGCUUGUGCUUGGAGGAGCAUAAAGAACACAAGAACUGUUUGGAAGAGAUCGCAAAGAUGCUAAAUCACAGUUUCCAAAUUGUUGGAAUUCUUGCGGUUGCCACAGCCGGAGUAACGAUCUUUGGUAUGAUCUUCAGUAUGGUCCUUUGUUGCGCCAUCCGCAAUUCGAGAGAGAUGCUGUGAUCUGCCUAUUGUGCCUUCCAUCCCAGAUCAUCACAGUGGUACCUGCUGGCACAGGGACUGUUACACACCUGUCGGCUUGGAUAAACCUUAUCACCCAAGCAAUGUAUAAUAAGCAAAAUGAUAUAUAAGCUAGGCUUUGUAUAAAACUAAGCAAUAUAUUAUAAAAGCCGUUGCUCUGAGGAACUGUUAUUGAAUGAUGUAGCCAUUUUUAAAUAUUGCAUUUUACGGUUAAUGCUCUAGGAAUUGUCUCAAUAACAUGUAAUUUGCUACUGUAUAAAGUUUCAAUACGUCUUUUGAUUUUGGUGUAAAUUGAGGCCUUAUCUUUAUAUCUAGCUAAAGUUUUAUUCUAUUAUUUAACUGAAAUGUUAAUAUUGCUGUAAAAUUACUGUAAACAAAGUAGAUGUUUUAAGAUUAGUUUAUGCAUUUUUGGUUAUAUACAAAGAUAUUAACUAUUUGCAAAAAAGCCAUGCUUGCCUGAUUUAUUAAAUGUGACAUGGAUGAAUGCA